AUGUUCCGGGCUCAAGAUAAGGAUGGUGAUAGGAGAAUAGAUGCAGCAGAGCUUGCUGAUGUCUGGAAGGAUGCACUAAGGAAGGGUGCUUCUCGGCACAGAUCCAUCGAUGCAGGGUUAAUGGCUAGUGAGGUUGCACGUACAUUGGACAUUAUGGAUAUUGAUGGUGAUGGCACUGUUGAUCUAGAAGAAUUCAAGCAUGCUAUGCUGGUCAAUGGUACUAUGCCUCACCAUCUUAUGGAGGUCAAUGAGCUCCUGCGUCGGAAAUUACAAAAGGAUCCUCUUCUACUCCAUGACAUUAUUGACGAAUUCGUGCGGCUAGACACCAGCGGAGUAGGUGUCCUCUCGUAUCAAGAUAUCUAUGAUGGAUUAUUAUCUCGCCUUAGUGACGAUAGUAAAUCUAAGAUAGAGGCAUUGAAGGACAUGGAUCUGGAUGGUAGUGGAUCCAUUGACUAUUAUGAAUACCUUUACUAUACGUUGGGUAGAC